AUGGAGACAGAGAUCCCCUUGUCGCACACCGCCAUCGUUCAGCAUGAGGCUGGAACGACCAAGAUCACGCCCGGCCUCCCCCUUCCUGUCCUCGCGCAGGGCCAGGUGCUCGUACGGACCGCGGCCGUGGCGCUGAACCCGUGCGACUUCAAGAUGCCCCGGCGCUUCUCGAGCCCUGGCACGUACGCUGGCUGCGACUUUGCGGGUACCGUCGUCUCGCUGACCGAAGAGGUGGCGGAGAACGGCCUGCUCAAGGUCGGUGACCGCGUCUUCGCCGCCGUCAUCGGCAACAACCCGCACGACAAGGAUUCCGGGGCCUACGGCGAGUACCUCAAGGCUACCGCCGUCUUCACCUGGAAGAUCCCGGACUGGAUGUCGUUCGAGGAGGCCGCCGGCCUGAGCGGCACCUGCAUCGCGACGGCGUGCAUGUCGCUGUUCCGGUCAUUGAAGCUACCCGGCACUUUCGAGGAGCCCGCGGCUACUCCUGCGGACGUGCUCAUCUGGGGCGGUGCUACCUCAGCAGACGCUGAUGGCAAGAACGUGGCCUAUGACAGUCUGGGACAUCGAGCCAUCACGACUUGCUCGCCCAAGAACUUUGAGCUUGUCAAGUCGUAUGGCGCCGACGCCGUUUUUGACUACCAUUCUCCGACGUGCGCGGCCGACAUCAAGGCUCUCACCCGGAACAACCUCAAAUACAUUGUGGACCCGUUCUCCGACCUGAGGACCAUGGCGCUGGCGGACGAGGCCAUGGGCCGCGUGGGCGGCAGAUACGUGGCGCUGGAGUCGUACCAAGAGGUGGCGUCCGGAGGUAAGGCCAAGCUCAUCGAGAGAGAGCUCAUCAUGGGCCAGAUGAUCACGGGGAAGGCCAUCCCUCUGACCGACGGGUACGGUAAACCGGAGGAUCCCGAGUUGGGCGUCUGGGGGGUCGAGUGCUACAAGAGCAUACAGCGGCUCGUCGACGAACGCAAGCUGAGGCCGCACCCGCUUCGAAUUCUCGACGGGGGCUUUGAGGCAGUUCUGGAAGGUUUGGAGAUGCUGAAGAGAAAGGAGAUGUCGGGCGAGAAGAUAGUCGUGAGGCUUUAG